CAUUCCCUUGUAUGUUUUGAGAGCAUUUUGACAGUAGUGCAUUUCUGUACUCCACAAUAGGUUUUCGGGCAUUCCGACUUCUCUUAUUCGCUGUCCGCGGUACCUAAGCUUCAAAUUAAAUAAAAUGUCUAAUUUAUGUGAACCGCUGACACUAGCCAAAGAUGUAAAGCGAUCAAUAGAAUUACUGGAGAAGCUACAGGCGAGUGGCGAGUUCCCGUCAACAAAACUAGCCGCGCUGCAGAAAGUGCUCCAGAGUGACUUCUUGAAUGCGGUCAGGGAAGUGUACGAGCACGUAUAUGAGACAGUGGACAUCCAGGGCUCCCAGGACGUCCGCGCGUCGGCGACUGCGAAAGCCACGGUAGCUGCGUUUGCGGCAAGCGAGGGACAUGCUCAUCCUCGGGUCGUUGAACUACCCAAGACCGAUGAAGGUCUGGGUUUCAAUGUGAUGGGCGGAAAGGAGCAGAACUCGCCGAUUUACAUCUCCCGGAUCAUCCCUGGAGGAGUAGCAGAUAGGCACGGCGGCUUGAAGCGAGGCGACCAACUUCUAUCAGUAAAUGGAGUGUCGGUGGAAGGAGAGAACCACGAAAAGGCUGUGGAACUACUAAAGCAAGCAAUUGGGUCGGUGAAGCUCGUUGUGCGCUACACGCCAAAGGUGUUGGAGGAGAUGGAGCUACGUUUCGACAAGCAAAGGGCCGCCCGCAGACGCCAAUACCAGUAACCGCCCCACCAGCAACCACUUGUCGUUCAGAAAAGUUCAUCGGAUUCAAAGUAUUCAGCAUAAGGCCAUGUUAUUUGUGUUUUCCAUUUUAUUUUAUUUGAACAAAAUAAACUUCAAAGUUUA